CUCAUAUCGAUCAAUCCACAUGUUGAACACCGUUAUUGUCUACGUAUCCAUGCUGUGUUCUUCUUUCUUUUUUUCGAUACAUGAGCAAGCAUUUGACUCUGGGUCAUUAAUAUAUUUUCCUGGGAAUUUAGAGGCCGACGCACGACGACGCCACGAUACUCCAUGAUCUAUCAUCAUGGUGUACGCGUGAACUACUACCAAAAUGAAUAAGGAAAUUAAGGUGUCCUUGCUAACGCAUUGUUUCGUCCAUCAUAAAUUUGGUCAAGGCAAUUAUACGCAUACGGAAUACAAAAACACGCAUAUAUGUGCUGUAGAAGAAUGACACGGAAACUCAGCUGUCUAUAGCUAACCAACUUCAUGCUUCAUGUUGAUUUAUGUUCGCGUGCGUUCUAUAUAUAUACCCCGCCACGCGCUCCAUAUUAUCAUCAACCGCUUCAAGGCACACAAAUCAAGCUCCUAGAUCCCAACUAGCUAGUCAGCUGCAAAACUCAGUGAAAAGGAAGCAAGAUCGACGAAUACUCACUCGAUCAUGGUGGCCAUGGUGGUGCCGUCGGUGUUCGCCGCCUUCGACAAGGACGGCGACGGCAAGGUGUCCGCGUCCGACCUGCGGUGCGGCAUGGCGGCGACCCUGGGCGAGGACGUGUCGGAGGAGGAGGCGGCGGUGAUCCUGGCCGCGGUGGACGCCGACGGCGACGGGCUGCUGACCCAAGAAGAGUUCUCGAGGCUAGCCGCCGGUGCCCACGAAGAGGACGACGUCGACGUGAGGCAACGCUGUCUGAGGGAGGCGUUCGGGAUGUACGCAUCAUCAUCCACGGAAGCCACGAUGACGACGAUGAUUACGCCGGCGAGCCUGAGGCGGACGCUGAGCAGGCUGGGCUCUCACGAACUGGGCGUGGACGAGUGCACGGCAAUGAUCUGCAGAUUUGACCUCGACGGCGACGGUGCCCUCUCGUUCGAUGAGUUCCAGGUCAUGAUGAUGGCCUGAUCAUCGACUCUCUUCUUGGCAUUUUUCUAGACAGAUAUGAUUUUCCACUUAAUGCAUCGAUCGAUCACAUGUAUUUGUACGUGUUCAUUCUUUCUUUGAUUUGCUCGCACGAUCACCCUCGAUUUUUGUGAAUACGUGUACAGAUCCAUUUGGAGUUACACCUCUUCCAAAAAUAGCUCAGCAACUCAACUCCCCAAUGCCAAAAAAAAAACUCAACUCCCCAAUGCAUAGAUGCUUAACUUGUUGUUACUAAGCUCACU